AUGGUGCACGUAGCCCAGACGGGUAUCUGUGGAAGUGAUGCUAGACUUAACGCUAACGCUUUGCCUAGCUGGCAACGCGGCCGUAUCGGCGACUACGUCCUCACCGGCCCAAUGGUCCUCGGCCACGAAUUCUCCGGCGUCGUCGUUGAAACCGGCAACAAAGUCAAAGACCUCAAGGCCGGUGACCGUGUAGCCCUUGGGCCCGGUGUACCUUGCCGCCGCUGUGAAUACUGCCGCAAGGGCUCAUACCACCUCUGCGACGGUACCCUGGCCAAGUACUACGUGAACGCUGCGGAAUUCUGUUACAAGGUUCCUGACUCGAUGACGCUCGAAGAAGCAGCCAUGGUGGAGCCUGUUUCGGUGGCUGUGGCUAUUUCUAAAACGGCGGAUUUGCGCGCUCAUCAGACGGUGCUCGUUUUUGGAUGCGGGCCGAUUGGUGUCCUCUGCCAGGCUAUCGCAAAGGCAUGGGGUGCGAAGAAGGUGGUUGGUGUUGAUAUUGUUGCUUCUAGGAUUGAGGUGGCUAAUUCGUAUGGUGCGGAUCAUAUGUGGGCGGCUAUGUUGAAGGAGGAAUGCGGUCUUGGUGAUGGUGUAGAUGUGGUUCUGGAAUGUUCUGGUGCUGAGCCGUGUGUCCAGCUUGGUAUCUAUGCUGCCAAAAGAGGCGCCACGUUUGUGCAGGCUGGUAUGGGGAAGGAAAACAUUAACUUCCCGAUCACUGCGGUUUGCAUUCGGGGAUUGGUAAUCAAGGGCUCAAUCCGGUACUUGACCGGCUGCUAUCCGGCAGCCAUCGACUUGAUCUCGAGUGGUCGGAUUAAUGUGAAGCCAUUGAUCACGAACCGGUUCAAGUUCGAGGAGUCGGAGCAGGCCUUUGAGUUGGUGAAAGCGGGAAGACAGGACGUUUUCAAGGUGAUGAUUGCUGGAGUGCAGUAA